UUCUCAAUUUUUUGCAGCAUAAGAAUCGGUGUAUUAUGCGCGAGUGUUAAAGAGUGGCUUCACGAUGAUGGGGCAAGGGGCGAAACGUGACGCGACGUCGACGGAAUCGACGCCGAUUUGCCGGUGUCGAGUCGUGUACCUCGGCUCGUCGGUCCCGCACGUGACGAAAGACGGGCUCCAGGGCAUCCAGCAGCCCCUGAAGGAACUCUAUCCCGAGUCUGGAAUCUCUGGGGCCCGAGGCAUCGACUCUUGGCUGUCAGUGUGGAGCAACGGGCUCUUGCUGGAGAAUGUGGAUGAGAAGAACAAGAAGGUGACCAGGUUCUUCCCCAUCGAGAGUCUGCACUACUGUGCUGCUGUCAGAUUUGUUGUGGUGCCUGGAGGAGCUGAGAAAGUGUCGAGAUUCCUUCCGCUGGACUCGCCAUUUGCUCGUAGUCCGAAUACGAGUCAUCGACCCUUGUUCGCCUGCAUCUUGAGGCGAACUACUGGCAUCAAGGUGCUGGAGUGCCACGCUUUCAUCUGCAAAAAGGAGAACCCGGCGAAUGCCCUGGUGCGCUGCUGCUUCCACGCCUACGCCGACAACAUGUACGCGCGACAGAUCGAGGGCUCCGCGUCGCCCUACGGCACCCUGUACGCUGGCGGACAGACUCAGAGCAUCGAGGAGCACUUGGACCUCACGGACGACGGCCAGGCCACCGUCGUCAACGGCCACGCUCGCGACGCGUCGGCUGACGACUUGUCCAUCUACAAUGGCGACGAGAACCACAAGAUCUGGGCCGGCUCCAACGGCGUCGACGAUGCCUAUCACGACACUCUCCGCAGCGUCAGGUCCAUGGCGUCUUCGCGACCGAGGCAGUUGGCAGCGCCGGUCCCAGCACCACCACCGCCACACGUGGAAAAGUCACCGCCGAGCGCAGGAAAGAAGAAGAAGAAGAAGGCGGUUCGGCCGGCGACGGCCAAUGGUGGACUGAGGCCAGUGAUGAUGCGCCCUGUCCCGUUGGUCUAUGGGACUUACGCAGACCGUCGUCCACCUCCGAGGAUGUUGUUGUUGCCGCCGCCGCCGCCGCCUCCGCCGCCGCCACCGAUGAUGAUGGUGCCCAUGAGGAGACCGGCGUCGCGGAUCAUGGAAGAGCCGAUUUAUAUGCCCUCGGCGAGAGCCAUGAGUCCGAUAGCCAGCUAUCAGCCUGGACAUUUCCCGCAUGAGGACUACUACUUCCACUAUGCCACGGUGGACCGACCACAGAAGCAGCGUAGACGAGGAAAGAAGGAGUCCGAUGCUGGGUUCAGCUCGGGCAUCUACAAGAAACGGGGUCACUUGAAUGAACGCGCCUUUUCGUAUUCCAUUAGACAAGAGGACAGGUCACGGUCGUAUGGGUCGCUUGCGAAUAUCCCCUUCGCGGCAAAUGGUGAUGCGCUGUUGCACCAUCCUCACCAUGGUGCCCAGGGUGGCCGACAUGACCCUUCGAUCAAGGACCGAGAAAUGCUGCAAAUGGUCCAGGAUUUGGAUCUUUCUGUUGAGGUUUUGAUUUUGACCUUGGCAUCUCUCCUGGGGAUCGGUGGUGGUCUGCAGAAAUUUAUCGCCGAUUCACGAAAGAGUCGACAAAAGUUGAUGGGUCUCCUGGAGCUGGUGGCCUCAAACAUUGUUUCGCGAAUUGUUUGGCUGCUGAGUGACUUUGUGUUACUAGGGAUCUUCAACUUCAUCAAGAAGAAAAUUCAGCAAGUGAAAAAUGGCGUUCCUGAGGUUUCUGGUGUUGCUGGUCGUUCGUGUUGCGGCUGCUGGGGCGGACUGCGGUCCAGAAGAUGGGGCGUUCGUGUGUUGGGACGUCUGCGGCGAGGAGGUGAGGGGCACCGGCGGCUACGGGCGCCGCGUGACAUUCGUCGGAGCGACGCUGUUCCUGGACUGCGUCAGGCAGGCGGACUUGAAGGAGGUGAAGCUAAUGUCGCCGACGGUCUGCGUCGGACGUUGGUCCUAGAUGGAUCGAGUGGUGACGCCGUGGAGGUGGUGCAAGGAGGUUGUGCCCCCCGAACUGGAGAUCUCGACGGCGGCAGUUCCGCCGGUGAUGAGCCUCGCCCUGUGGCGCCGACGGCCAACCUGGCAGUCGUCCACGUGCCGGCGAGCAAAACGCCGUUCGUGGUUCGGGCGCCGCCCUCAACGCAGCAAAGUGUCGUGGUGGCCCAAGAGGUGCCACACGUCAUCAAGGCACCGUCGUUGACGCCGGAGGUGACGGUCAACAUCAAGCAUGGUGUUGCGCACGUCAAGGCGGACGUGGACCCGUGGAUGGCCAUGGUCCUGGUCUUCAUGGGCCUUGGGGGAGCUGGAGCCACAUCUCUGGCUGUCUUUUUGGUCUGGAUGGUCAAGUUCAUCAGGAACAAGUCAUCGUACAUGCGGGAACUGGUACGGAUGCUGACGCCGGAGGAUCAGCAGGAUCCGGAAGCCUAACCAGUGGUAGAUCUGCUGGGGCUGGAAGAGGCGGAUAAACCCGUCGAAGAGAAAAAGGAGGAAGAGCUGGUCCUUGAGGACAAUAAUCCUUUUAAGGAAAUGUUGAACGCGUAAAAGUUUUUAAAAACGCGUCAAAGAGAGUGCCAUUUUUUCGUACCCGCGUUUUUAUAUGGGUAAAGGCAAUAAGAGAAAUUGUAAAAAGAA